AUGUCUGCACCUACUAAUAACAACAAUAGAAUGAUUCCUGAAGUGUUGCCUUCUUCACAAGUUAAUCUAACCAGAAGAGGCAAUAGCAAUCCCAGUAUUGCUUCUAUUGUCGCUAGAAUGGACGAUAUGAAUCGUCAAAUUGAAGAGUUGAAGACUGCUUUGGCUGCUUCACAAGCUGAGGCAUCUUCUCCUUACAAGAAACAUUUCGAAAGAAAUGCUCGUAUUUCUGGCAAAAUUCGUAGUUACUAUGGAAAUUACGUGGCUACCAAAGGCUUUAGCUGGGACUUUAAGACUUCUUUGAUGAAAGGAGUUAAUAAUAUCAUUUAUAAUGAUAUUUUACAAGAGAUAAUUGACUCGGAAAAAGAAAUAACGGGUAAUCAGAAUUUGGAAGUAGACAAGCAAAUGGUUACCCACCAUAUUAGAAAACAUUUUGAAUAUUUAAAAAGAAAAUAUAUUGAAACUAAUACUCUAAGUGAAGAUGAAAUGACUAUAAAAAAGCAUAAGAAAAAAUUAGAACAAAGAAAGAUUUUGAAGCUUGAACGUAGACGAAAAGUUCAAGGAGAAGUAAAAAGAAGAAUUGCACGCCACUAUAUGGUGUCAGAGAAGGAGUGGGAUACUCUUUUAAGUAAAGAGUACAUGUCUGAUGAAGAAGAUGGCUUGACGAUUGGUAGUGUAGUCGUAUCAAGAAGAAGAAAGAUCCCUUCUUGGAGAACAGACAAGAUGACUCAAUUUUAUAAUGAGCUCGAUAGACAGUGUCAACCCAAGAAGGGAAAGAUUACACCCAGAAUUGAUGAAAUCGUCGAUGUCCCUGUUGAUAUCAGUUUGCUUACACCACUUCCUAGCUGGUGUUAUAAAAUUAACGCAUUGCAAUAUGAACAAUAA